CGAUCCCUCUUUUCGGUUCAGGCGGAGUCUCGAGCCAGGCGUUAGGAGCGUGCGGAGGUUCUUCUCAGCAGCUCAACAUCCGGACAACUCCGCCGCCAUUAUGGUGAAGCUCGCUAAGAAUGUUAAAAAUCAGCCUAAACAGAAGAAAAUGACUACCCUUCCUCCAAAGGAGAUUGAUGACAGUGAUGAAGAAGAUUCAUCUGAAGAAGAGGAGAGCAGUGAGGAAGAGAUGAUUGCGCCUAAGAAAGCAGCUACCCCAGCAAAAGGAGCUAUAGUUACUCCCAACAAAAAGGCAGCAACUCCUGCAAAGAAGACAGUAGCUACGCCAGCAAAGAAAGCAGCUGCUACUCCAUUGAAGAAGACACCCGUCUCUGCCAAAGGAGCAAAAAAUGGGAAGAAUGCAAAGAAGGAAGAAAGUGAGGAGGAAGAGGACGAUGAAGAAGAUGAUGAUGACGAUGACGAGGAUGAUAGCGAGGAAGAUGAAUCUGAGGAGGAACCUGCUGUACCAGUGAAAAAACGUGGAGUCCAAGCACCUCAGAAGAAGCCUGUAGCUCCGGUAGUUGCCAAGCAAGAGUCUGAGGAUGAGGAGGAAGAGGACGAUAGCGAAGAUGACGAGUCAGAAGAUGAGCCCAUGGAAACCGCUCCGGCAAAGGGAAAGAAAGUUUUGCUAGCAAAGGCAGCACCAGCAAAGGGGGCAAAGGAAGACUCUGAGGAAGAAGCUGAAGACUCUGAGGAAGAAGAUGAUGACGAGGAAGAAGGGGAUGAAGAAGAGGAGGAGGAGGAGGAGGAGGAGGGUGAGGAAACUCUGCAAGAGAUGUCUGGAAAACGAAAGAAGGAAAUAACCAAGCAAAAAGGUGCCCCAGAUGCAAAGAAAAAGAAAACAGAAGAGUCUGCCUUCUCUCUCUUCAUGAGUAAUCUCAAUGCAAACAAGAACUUUGAAGAACUGAAGGCUGCCAUCAGAGAUUUCUUUGGCAAAAAGGAUCUUCAAGUACAAGAAAUCCGAAUUGGCAACUCAAAGAAAUUUGGUUAUGUAGAUUUCUCCUCUGAAGCUGAGCUGGAUAAAGCACUCAAAUUAAAUGGGAAAAAAUUGAUGGGCUUGGAAACAAAACUAGAAAAAGCAAAGAGUAAAGAGAGCCUUCGGGAGAACAAAAAAGAGAGAGAAGCAAGAACCAUUUUUGUGAAGAACCUUGCUUACAGUGUCACCCAGGAUGAACUGCAUGCAGUAUUUGAUGAUGCCCUGGAGGUCAGACUGGUGUCCAAGGAUGGGAAUAGUAAAGGGAUUGCCUACAUCGAGUUUAAGACGGAGGCAGAUGCAGAGAAAGCUUUGGAAAAGCAAGGAAUGGAGAUAGACGGCCGUCCUAUUGUGCUUGACUACAUAGGUGAAAAGAGCCAGCAGGACGCCAGAAAACCCAUCAAGGGAGUGCAGCCAGGUGGAGAUUCAAAGACGCUUGUUGUGAACAAUCUCUCUUACGAUGCAACUGAAGAAACCCUUCAAGAAGUUUUUGAGAAAGCGUCAGCUAUCAGGAUUCCACAGAACAACCAGGGAAGACCCAAAGGUUACGCGUUCAUCGACUUCCCCACAGCUGAGGAUGCAAAGGAAGCCAUGAACUCCUGCAACAACACAGAGAUCGAAGGGCGCACAAUCAGACUAGAAUUCAGCACCUCGGGGGGACAAAACAGAAACACCAACGCUAAAGGAGGCUUUAGCCAGCAAAGCAAAACCCUGUUUGUCAAAGGGCUGUCAGAGGACACUACUGAAGAGACGUUGAGAGAGUCGUUUGAAAGCUGCGUUGGUGCAAGAAUAGUGACUGACAGGGACACCGGCUCCUCCAAAGGAUUUGGCUUUGUGGACUUCAGCUCCCCAGAAGAUGCCAAAGCAGCCAAAGAAGCCAUGGAGGAUGGAGAGAUUGAUGGAAACAAAGUGACCCUCGACUUUGCCAAGCCCAAAGGCGGCACUCCCCGUGGGGGCGGCGGUGGAGGCUUUGGCCGGGGCAGCAGAGGUGGACGUGGUGGCAGAGGCGGAUUUGGCGGCCGGGGUGGAGGCAGAGGAGGGUUUGGAGGCAGAGGCGGCGGCUUCAGGGGAGGCAGAGGUGGCGGUGGUGACCAUAAACCACAAGGAAAGAAGAUAAAGUUUGACGACUGAGUGGCUUGCUUUCCUUGUAUCUGAAAGGACUCUGGGGUUUUAAUUCUGUCACCUUGAAAUGACAGAGCCUUCUGAGGACAUUCCAAGACACAUUGCAGUCCCUGAGGAGCUUCUUGGAAGACUCCUUUCAACGAAGAAACAGCCAAUUGACUGCCUGGCCACACUUAAGAACUUUUUAAAAGCAACAAGAAAUGUGGGAGUUGAGCUGUGUCCAUGUAUUUCCCUGAAUUUAUAAUGUUUUACCCAUGUACAAAAUUAACUUCCUUAUACAUUUCUGUAGGCAUUUUCUUUGUUUUUUUCUUGCUGUAAAAAUGCAAAAUGUUUUAUCAUUUGUGUCUCAGCAAACUGUCUAGGACAGAUUAAAGGGCCUAAACAGAU